CCAUCGUUUUCUACGAUAUUGCCACCUGAUUUUUAUUCCUCGUUAAAUAUAUUUUGUAUUAUCGAAUGCUAUUAUUAUCAAGAUGAAGAGUUUCCAUCCACUUUCGUUAUAAUUUAACAAAUAUGUAUAUAUGCCGGCACUGAGCGAUAACAUUAUCAUUUAAGUUACGUCACUGAUUAACACAAGUAUAAAAAUCACAUGCAUAAUUCGAUCGUGUAUUCAUAAAUCGAAAAUGGUACGUGCGUGGUACAUGGAUAAUAACGAUGCUGAUCAACGAUUGGAACACCAUAAAGAACCACCCAAAUUUCUCUCCCUUGAAGACUUGUUCAAAAGCACAGGCGUCGAGUAUUUCAAGAUCGAUUGUAAAGACUACAAAAAUGAUAACACAUUGACACAGUUAAAAAAGGAACGUGGUUACACCUAUGAGGAUGAGAUAACGUGUUCUGAGAAGUGUCUUCCAAAUUAUGAAGAGAAAUUAAAAAACUUUUUCACUGAACAUCUUCACACAGAUGAAGAAAUAAGAUUUGUACUGGAGGGAUCUGGGUACUUUGAUGUUCGAGACAAGGAUGAUCAAUGGAUACGCAUUGAAGUCAUAGCUGGAGAUUUGAUAAUUAUUCCAAGUGGAAUAUAUCACAGAUUUACUUUAGAUAUCAAUAAUUACAUUAAAGCAAAACGUUAUUUUGUGGGAGAACCUGUAUGGUUACCAUAUAAUAGACCAGCCGACGAUAUGGAAUGCCGUAAGAAUUACCUUAAUCGUUUGAACAAUGACUUUCAAAUAAUAACAGCUUGACAUUUGUCACAAAUGUUAUAAUUUCGAAAAAUAUGUUAACAUGUACAAAUGAGUAAUUUAGAUUAUGCUUUCAAUAUAUCUAGAAAUAUAUAUUAAA